UUACGAGCAUGUCUCCACGAGUGUGAAGCGCGGUGUGAAAAGCCCGCCGUGGCGCUGACUGCCAUUUCAAUACAAGCGGCCAGUGUGACGCCUUAUGUAUAUAAACAAAACCCGUCCGGCAAUGGCGUCUGCCAGGCAGGUCUGGUUGUUGACUUGUCGGUCUUAGGGGGGAUCGGUUUUGGAAAACAUUCUCCGGCCGAGUUUUUUUCGCCGGAGGAGCAGCAUGGCGGACCUGGAAUCUUCUCGCCGCGAGCUGCGCAAGUCGGCGGACCUUAGAAGGAUACUUUUCAAAGAAGAGGAGCAGGCUAAAACGAGACACAUUCGGAAGCUGAUGAACAAGCCAGCCUGGGAGCGCAGUGCCGACGAAGAGUGCAUUCUGGAGAAAUCGCGUGACCUGGUCCAAAUUCUGCAGGAGAGGUCGCGGAAACGCCAGUGCAACGAGCAGCGUCUUCAAGAGGUGCAAGAUCCACCAGCUGUGCUGGCCGAAAAGUGCCAGGCACUGGCGACGGCUAUUGCCGAGGCGCGCCACCUUGUGGUGUACACGGGUGCCGGCAUCAGCACGGCAGCACGCAUCCCCGACUACAGGGGCCCAGCAGGCGUCUGGACUUUGCUGAACAAGGGCCUGCGACUUCCUGAAGUCCAGGACCUGAGUCAGGCUUGCCCGACCUUCACUCACAUGGCACUGGCACAGCUGCAACACAUGAGACAUGUCAAGCACGUCGUGUCACAGAACUGUGACGGCCUCCACGUUCGCAGCGGCCUGUCCCGGAAGUGCCUCUCAGAGGUGCACGGCAACAUGUUCCUUGAGGUGUGCCCGCGCUGCAAGCCACUGCGGCAGUACUUCCGCCUCUUUGACGUCACCGAGCGGACGGCCCUGCGACGGCACCGCACGGGCCGCCAGUGCCAUGUCUGCUCUGCCGACCUGGUUGACACCAUUGUGCACUUUGGCGAGAAGGGUCGGUUGCGCUGGCCGCUCAACUGGCAGGGCGCGGGACGCGCGGCCGACAAGUGCGAUGCCAUCCUCUGUCUAGGCACCAGCCUCAAGGUGCUUCGGAGAUACCGGUGCUUAUGGGGGCUCGACCGGCCCGUGCGUGAGAGGCCAAAGCUGUACAUUGUGAACCUGCAGUGGACACCAAAGGACGACUCAGCGGCACUCAAGAUCAACGGCCGCUGCGACGACGUCAUGCGAGCUGUCAUGGAGCACCUGAAGAUCUGCGUCCCCGAAUACGAGCGGCACAACGACCCGCUGUGGAAGCUGCACACGCCUGUGCGACCCAAGGAGCUGCGGACAUUCACCAGGUUGCCCCUGGUGGUGGUUGGGGAGCCCCCACAUCAGGACCACUGUUACGCUAUGACAAUCAAAAAGGAAGCCGAGGACGGUGACGAGGAGGAAGACGACGACAAGCAGGGGAUUGUCGAGCAGGAAAGAGAAGUGGACACAGUGCAAGAGAGGGAGGAGGAGGAGGAGGAGGUCGAAAACCCCAAGAAACAACCUAGGCUCGUCGGCUGGUACGGGAAAGGGUGCGCCAAGUGGCGCCGAAAACGCUAGCAGACCAGCUCCGUGGCAUCGGUAUGAAGAAAACGGUCUCGUUGUCUGCCGCUGGUUGCAAAGAGUGAUUGUGGUGGAUGCUGGCUAGAGGACGCGUGGACUCCCCCCCUCUCCCCCGACACCUGUGAAAUGAAAGGGACGCAGAUUGGGCGAGGCACGGCAUCGGAUAAGGGUGGCUUUGCGAAAAGUUGCUGCUUGCUGUGCAUGUGUGUGUUGCCCCCAUGACGCAUUUGUGCAAUUGUCCUGUGAAAAGGUGAACAGUGUGUUUGCUACGUCAAGGUGCAACUAGAAGUGGGUAGAGUGUGCAAGACAUUUUGUUCCCAAGAGUCUUUUUUGUGUGAGGCGCCAUCUACCAAUCACGCGUUGAUAAUUAGAUACAGUGCACUCGCCGUUAGCGAGGCCAGUGUAGAAGCAUGGACUGUCAUCAUCUUUGAUAGCAUGGCUCAUUUUUAUAUAGAGGAAGCUGAAGAUAGGCGUGCAUAUGUGACCAGCGGGGGUAAAACUUGUGGGGAACUUUUUGCAUGAAAAUGUAGAAAAACAAGAAUAAGGCUGCUUAAGCCAGCGCGCAUUUUUCAGUUUUCCCGCUGAGAGUGGCAAUUUGACAGCCGUCAAAAUUCGGCAGAAGGCUUACGCAACAUAAUUGAUCCAACGAGAGCAAGUGUGGCUAGUGAGUGGUUUUGGUGUACAAGACGUCUCACAGACCAACCCUGCAAGACAUUUUGCAGACGAGUUCUGCAAGAGGUCAGAUUAACUCCGCGAAAUGAAUCGUAAGUGAGCCAAGCUCUUGGAGAAUUUGGUCAUUAGGCGAGGCUUCUCAUUAGCUACACUUGUAGAAUUUACCUUGAUAAUUUUGGGCUGUCAUUAACUCAAAGAUGGUGUUUACAGCCAUUUGUAACAGCUAGGCAGAGUGCAACUCUUGUGGCUUCUAAAGCCUGCCUUUAAAAAUUAUAUUAAUUGCUUAUUUUGCAUCGCACACUAAAGUAAUACAAAUCGCGAAUUAUAAUUGUAGAUUUGAAGUGCGGUAGCAUGUUUACAGGCGGCAUUCAUUGUUCUUUUGAACUUGUUGGCUAUGUGACGGAAUGAGGAAGGAAUCCUUUCCUUAUCAGACUGGGAAAAGGACCCGUAUUUCAAUGGACAAAGGGUCUGCUCACUUACGUUUUCUGAAAUUCAAACCGUCGAAAUACACCUUGCCAACAGACUAAGGACCAAGGCACUGUGAUUAUAUGGGGUGGCACCAAUAGAAAAGCGCGAGAAGCUUUGGCGAAGUGCCACAAGUAGACUAGACCAGACUGCGCAGUUGGGGGUUCAAUCGUUCCUUGAGGUACGAUUGUUGUGACAAUUUAAGAUUGUGCAGCGGUGAUCCUGUUACAUGUAGCAGCAUCCCGAGGUUCCUCUGCAACUUCACAGUGCUCAUGGCAGAUGGCGCCACUUGAGCUGUUGCAUAGCGACAGUACGCUGCAGUCUACAAACUGUGCAGGCUGCCAAGAGCUCUGUUUUGUGCUGCAGCCGCUCGUGGGUAACCUGCGUGACCAGCAAAUUUUUUGUCUUCCGAUGGCGUUUCUGACCAAAUUUGGAAUAUGCAAUGAUUUAGUGAGGUGAUAAUGCUGGACCAUGUGCGAAAUGCUGUGUUAAGCGACCUAGUUUUUGAUUGCCCGUGAAGUUUUUUAAUGUAAAGGUUCUUUUUUUCGUAAGAAGGGUCGUGUUUUUGCAAUUGCUAUGGAACUUCUUUUACUGUAGCUAUGUCGACAUUGUGUGGACUGAGGGGAAUUGCAAAACCUUUAUUGCUGGUAUUGAUGGUUAGUCAUGCAAUUAUUUCACUUUUGAUUGCUAGUGUGCAGUUUUUACUGAAGAGCAGUAGUUUGCCAAAAACUAGCCAUGACUGUUGCUCCGGCUUGUACAUGGCGAGCUUGGGAGACUGUCUGAUUAACUGAAGCCUCUUGGCAAACCGACUCUUUAAGUGGCAUCUCCUGCAAUUACGAUGCAGUGUGUUAAAGCAUUUCCUUUUCCCAUGGU